UUGGUUUAUCUGUCCCACUUCAUUCUCUUACCUUUCUCAUUCUUCUUUCUUCUCACUUUUUCUUUCAAUUCUUAUUCAUUUAAAUUUCUAUCACUUCUUUCUCUAUUUUUUCUCUUUCCUCCAAUUCUCGUUUUUCCUUCGUUUUUUCUUUUAUUUCUUCUCCCUCUUUUCCUUUUUUUUUUACUUCUGUCAUCAAUACUUUUCCUUCUCUUUCUUUUAAAUAUUUUUCGCUUUCUUUUCCUUUUCGUUCCUCUUUUUCAUUUCUCACUCAUCAUUCCACCUUUUCCUUUUAUCUUCAUUCAUCAUAUUUAUUUCUCUUUCAUCAUUCCGACCUUACUUUUACUCUUCAUUCCUCAUUUUUCAUUCCUCCCAUUUUUUUCUCCCAUGUUCCCCUCAUCCUCCCUCCCUUUUUUUUUUUUUUCUUUUUUAGUUCCUCUUUGUCUUUUUUUUAUUUCCCUCUCAUCCUCAUCCUCCCUUUUUUUUUUUCUUCGUCUCUCAUUUUUUUUUUCCCUCUCAUCCUCCCUCCCUUUCUUUUUUUCUCUUCCGUCUCUCUUUUUUAUUUUCCUCUCAUCCUCCCUCCCUUUUUUUUUUCUCUUCCGUCUCUCCUUUUUAGUUCCCUCUUAUCCUCCCUCCCUUUCUUUUUUUUUCUCUUCCGUCUCUCUUUUUAGUUCCUCUCCUCCUCCCUCCUUUUUUUUUUCUCUUCCGUCUCUCUUUUUUAGUUCCUCUCAUCCUCCCUCCCUUUCCUUUUUCUUCCGUCUCCUUUUUUUUUUCCUCUCAUCCUCCCUCCCUUUCUUUCUUUUUCUCUUCCGGCUCUCCUUUUUAGUUCCUCUCAUCCUCCCUCCCUUUUUUUUUUCUCUUCCGUCUCUCUUUUUUAUUUCCUCUCAUCCUCCCUCCUUUCUUUUUUUCUCUUCCGUCUCUCUUUUUUUAUUCCCUCUCAUCCUCCCUCCUUUCUUUUUUUUUUCUCUUCCGUCUCUCCUUUUAUUUCCCUCUCCAUCCUCCCUUUUUUUUCUUUCUUUUUAUUUUCCUCUCAUCUUCCCUCCCUUUCUUUUUUCUCUUCCGGCUCUCUUUUUAUUUUCCUCUCAUCCUCCCUCCUUUCUUUUCUCUUCCGUCUCUCCUUUUUUAUUUCCCUCUCAUCCUCCCUCCUUUCUUUUUCUUCCGUCUCUCUUUUUUUAUUUCCUCUCAUCCUCCUCCCUUUUUUCUCUUCCGUCUCUUUUUAUUUUCCCUCUCAUCCUCCCCUCCCUUUCUUUUUUUCUCUUCCGGCUCUCUUUUUUAUUUCCCUCUCAUCCUCCCUCCCUUUCUUUUUCUCUUCCGGCUCUCCUUUUUAUUUCCCUCUCAUCCUCCCUCCCUUUCUUUUUCUCUUCCGGCUCUCCUUUUUAUUUCCCUCUCAUCCUCCCUCCCUUUCUUUUUCUCUUCCGUCUCUCCUUUUUAUUUCCCUCUCAUCCUCCCUCCCUUUCUUUUUUUUUCUUCCGUCUCUCUUUUUAUUUCCCUCUCAUCCUCCCUCCCUCCUUUUUUUUCUCUUCCGUCUCUCCUUUUAUUUCCUCUCAUCCUCCCUCCCUUUUUUCUCUUCCGUCUCUCCUUUAUUUUCCCUCUCAUCCUCCCUCCUUUUUUUUUUCUUCCGGCUCUCCUUUUAUUUCCUCUUAUCCUCCCCUCCUUUCUUUUCUCUUCCGCUCUCCUUUUUCCUCCCUCAUCCUCCUUUUUUUUUUCUCUUCCGUCUCUCUUUUUUAUUCCCUCUCAUCCUCCUCCCUUUUUUUUCUCUUCCGUCUCUCCUUUUUUAUUUUCCUCUCAUCCUCCCUCCCUUUUUUUUCUCUUCCGUCUCUUUUUUUAUUUUCCUCUCAUCCUCCCUCCUUUCUUUUUUCUCUUCCGUCUCUCCUUUUUAUUUCCCUCUCAUCCUCCCCCUCCCUUUUUUUUUCUCUUCCUUCCUCUCAUCCUCCCUCCCUUUCUUUUUUUUUUUUCGUCUCUUUUUUUUUCCUCUCAUCCUCCUCCUUUCUUUUUUCUCUUCCGUCUCUCUUUUUAUUUUCCUCUCAUCCUCCCUCCCCCCUUUCUUUUUCUUUCCUCUCUCUCUUUUUUUUCCCUCUCAUCUUCCCUCCCUUUUUUUUUUCUCUUCCGUCUCUUUUUUUAUUUCCCUCAUCCUCCCCCCCUCUUCCGGCUCUCCUUUUUUUUCCUCUCAUCCUCCCUCCCUUUCUUUUUUUUCUCUUCCCUCUUUUUAUCCUCCCUCAUCCUCCCUCCUUUUUUUUCUCUUCCGGCUCUUUUUUUAUUUUCCUCUCAUCCUCCCUCCCUUUCUUUUUUUUCUCUUCCGUCUCUCUUUUUUAUUCCCUCUCCUCCUCCUCCCUCCCUUUCUUUUUUUCUCUUCCGUCUCUUUUUUAUUUUCUCAUCCCUCCCUCCUUUUUUUUUUUUCUCUUCCGUCUCUUUUUUUUCUUCCCUCUCAUCCUCCCUCCCUCCUUUCAUUUUUCUUUUUUUUUAUUUUUCUCAUUGCGUCUCUUUUUAUUUCCCCUCUCAUCCUCCUCCCUUUUUUUCUCUCUUCCGGCUCUCCCUUUUUUUUCUCUUCCUCUCUCAUCCUCCCUCCCUUUCUUUUUCUCUUCCGUCUCUCUUUUUUAUUUUCCUCUCAUCUUCCCUCCCUUUCUUUUUCUCUUCCGGCUCUCCUUUUUAGUUCCCUCUCAUCCUCCCUCCCUUUCUUUUUCUCUUCCGUCUCUCUUUUUUAUUUCCCUCUCAUCCUCCCUCCCUUUCUUUUUCUCUUCCGUCUCUCUUUUUUAUUUCCCUCUCAUCCUCCUCCCUUUCUUUUUCUCUUCCGGCUCUCCUUUUUAUUUUCCUCUCAUCCUCCCUCCUUUCUUUUUUUUCUCUUCCGGCUCUCUUUUUUUUCCCUCAUCCCUCCUCCCUUUCUUUUUCUCUUCCGGCUCUCAUUUUUAUUUCCCUCUCAUCCUCCCUCCCUUUUUUUUUCUUCUUUUUUCUCUCUCUUUUUUUAUUUCCCUCUCAUCCUCCCUCCUUUCUUUUUUUCUCUUCGUCUCUCCUUUUAUUUCCUCUCAUCCUCCCUCCCUUUCCUUUUCUCUUCCGUCUCUCCUUUUUUAUUUUCCUCUCAUCCUCCCUCCCUUUCUUUUUCUCUUCCGGCUCUCUUUUUUAUUUUCCUCUCAUCCUCCCUCCCUUUCUUUUUCUCUUCCGUCUCUCUUUUUUAUUCCCUCUCAUCCUCCCUCCCUUUCUUUUUCUCUUCCGUCUCUCUUUUUUAUUUUCCUCUCAUCCUCCCUCCCUUUCUUUUUCUCUUCCGGCUCUCCUUUUUAUUUCCCUCUUAUCCUCUCUCCCUUUCUUUUUCUCUUCCGUCUCUCUUUUUUAUUUAACUUACAUCAUUCUUCCCAUUCUUUUCUCGAUGUUGCUCUUUUCCAUUUCUCUCUUAUCAUUCCUUCCUCUUCUUUGUUCCUCUUUUUCAUUUCUCUCACAUCAUUCCUGUCUUUCUUUUUUCGUUCCUUUAUCUUUAUCGUCUUCCUCACGUCAUCCUUCCUUUCUUUUUUUCUUUAUUAUUAA